GGGAUAAAGGGAUUUUGCUCUGCAGAUGAAUUGAAAGGAUCGCAUUCUCUACUUCUAUCAUUUGUGCUAUCGUAUAUAAAGAGAAAGGAAAGGCUUAGGAAAGGUGCUCUUAACUAACAAUUGCAUAAGAGAAGAAAGCUGUUAACGUAGGUCGGAUCAACGCGGCGAUCAAUGCUAUCCGACUGGAAUGAUCGAAUCGAUUCACUUUUGACUUGAUCGAGAUUGGGUUGGUGUUCAGUGUACUAAACAAGCAACGAGCAAGAAAACCAUCAAUAACAAUAAAUCAAAUGAUUAUCUGAUAUAACUAUAAUACACGUAGAAUGAGUUCCUUACUAGGGUAUUAUUAGUAUAUUUUUCUAAAUCAUAAGAUAGAAACAAGCUCAAUCAUACCUCUCCUUUACAAGACAAGCAAGUAAUCUUUAUCCUGCCCCCCCUUAUCAUAUUCAGGCUAAAUCUAAAGAGCCAUUUGCUUGUUUUCGCCCGGGGAACUACUUAGAAGUGAAGGGCCUCUCCUUCUUUAGAGCGAACGAGAAAAAGAAAAGAAUUCCCUAUUGGGGGAUCCCCUAACGUAAUAGAAUAUCUCUCCUUUGCUGUUCACUCACGCGAUAUUGCUGGAUCGGGCUUUCGCCCUUAUACGAAUACGAUACGAUAGGGGGAAAUUCGAUACAAGACAAGUAUCGGAUCGGUAGCAUAACUGCUUUCGCGCAGCCCCUUACCCCGCCCCCCUUUAUCUCAUUAAGGCUGCUAAAGCCGUAGCUUCUGAAUCGUAGAAUACUACGGACAGCGAGAGGCGGCUAAUAUCAAACUUAGAGUGUGAGACAUAACCUGUCCCCACACCUUAUUUAUGCUUUACCAUCACAUAAACCAGAUGCAGUUACAAGUGAGGCCUCCACUAAAGUCGAGGUAUUGCCAAACGAUGGCAUAUACGCCAGCAGGGGCACGAGCAGAGCUCCUAGCUUCCUACCAGUACGCAUAGAGGCGAUCAUCUGGCGCCUUACACCCUGUAGUUAUGCUUGGGCCGUUAGCCACGUGCUAGUAGGCAUACGCAAACACUAUCGCCUUUUAGUAUUCCAUCAGAUGUAUCCCUUGUUAAGAGAGUUUCCUCUCUGGGACAUCGCAGCUCACAGAUUGUGUUAAACACAACGGCUGUACAUCUGAGAGGGUUACUAUCAGAUGAUAAUAGUCUGUUUCUGACUACUAACACUGGUGUGACCAACUCGGCUACGCACGUAAGAAGCUCUAACUAGAGAUAUCCUGAAUAAAGCCGUAGCUUCUUUCUUUCGCUAACGUGCUUGUUUCCUUAUCAGUCUGAGAUCGAAGAGCGCUGCCCGCUCUUCGAUCUCCGUAUCCGUAUAUAGAGAAGAAGAAGUCAAGGGGCUGGCUGGCAAGGUUGGGUCGAGACGAGAGUUGGCUAGAAUUGGCUCUAAAGUAGGCUCGAAAGGGUUUCGAAAGUAAGAGUUAGGUUGGCUCCAAAGUAGGCCGGCAAGGGGUCUGAGAACGGUUGAGGUUGGGUCGGGGUUACGCCUUGGGGUUGUGCUAGGAGGGAGAAUUGGAAUCAGUUCAAUGCAUUGCAUAUAAGCUGCGGAGUACUUACUUAGUAGCUCUCCCAGAGCUGCCCGCUCUUCGAUCUCCGUAUCCGUAUAUAGAUAGAUUCGAUCUCCGUCGUAUCCGUAUAUAGAAUAGAUAGAGCUGACAAGGAGUACUUUAGGGACGGAACUCGCAAGCAAGGAGGAAGGAGAAGUAGAAGAAGGGCUCGGAGGGUUGGUUCGAAUUGGCUCUAAAGUAGGCUAAAAUUGGCUCGCAGGUAGAGCGGGCUCGAAAGUGAGUAUAGGCGGAGAAGGUUGGCUAAGAAGUAGGGGAGAAGUAAAGUAGGAGAAGGUAAAGUGAAGUUGGCUCGAAAGAAGGGUUGGCUUAGGCUCGGAGCGGAGGUUGGAGAAGGGUUACGGGUUAGGGGCCUUAAACAGGAUAGGGCUAGCUGACUGAAGGCCUUAUACGGGAUAGGGGUUCAGUUCAGUCCCUAUCGUGCACACACUGAUUUGUCCUGUUCAGUCCUGUGAGUGCAUACGCUGAUUUGUCCCCCGCUCGUGCCCCCUACCCUAAAGGUCAUUCGCCUUAAGGAAAGAUGAAGCAACAAGUAGGAAUGAGAACAAGCAUUGAAAAUGACAUAAAUAAUCAGAACAUCGCAUCUCAGACAGUAUCUAUUUGGCGAUUGAGAAAGCGCCCUUGAGGUGUAGUACCCAAUGAGCUCUCCUAUAGUGCCUCGAAAUGAAGCCGGAGAGCUUCAAGCUUAAGGGCAACCUGAGAUCGCCUAAGAUCGAAUGGAACUGUCUUUGAUUGAGUGAGACGGAAGAGAGAUAUAUAGACAGUGUGUAGUGAUGGAAUUCUAGUCAGUCUUUACUUAACUCGAACCGCCUACAUUAAAUCAAUUGAUUCGUAAUGGUAGAAAAGGAAAAACGGCGCACGGACCGUACUAGAGCUUCGGAUCAAUGUCCCCAGAAGCAAGGAGUACGCCCUUCAACGAGAAAAACACCGAAAAUCCCUUUUUCUUUCGUUUUGCUUCUCCCGGUCGUCGAGCCUGAUCGACUCGACUCUUUUCCCAUGUUUUUCUUGGUUGGACCAACCCAACUGGCGAUUUCCGUCUUCCUGAAUUGGGAGAGCAAGCAAGAAAAAGAAAGUCUCUCCUUUUGGGAGCAGAGCAGUCAAAUAAUGAACCAAAGCAAAUGAUUGUUAUUGUUCUAAAUCAAUUAUUUAUUAGUUUCAAAUUCUUAACGAUUGCUCUUUGUGAUGCAGCGGAACCAUGGCUAUUAGGGUUUCAAGACGCAGCAACACUUAUGAUGCAAGGAAUAAUAGACUUACAUCGCGAUAUCUUUUUCUUCCUCAUUCUGAUUUUGGUUUUCGUAUCACGGAUCUUGGUUCGCGUUUUAUGGCAUUUCAACUAUCAAAAAAAUCCAAUCCCGCAAAGCAUUGUUCAUGGAACUACUAUCGAGAUUCUUCGGACCAUAUUUCCUAGUAUCAUCCCGAUGUUCAUUGCUAUACCAUCAUUUGCUCUGUUAUACUCAAUGGACGAGGUAGUAGUAGAUCCAGCCAUUACUAUCAAAGCUAUUGGACAUCAAUGGUAUCGGACUUAUGAGUAUUCAGACUAUAACAGUUCCGAUGAACAGUCACUAACUUUUGACAGUUAUACGAUUCCAGAAGAUGCUCUAGAAUUGGGUCAAUCACGUUUAUUAGAAGUGGACAAUAGAGUGGUUGUACCAGCCAAAACUCAUCUACGUAUUAUUGUAACACCUGCUGAUGUACCUCAUAGUUGGGCUGUACCUUCCUUAGGUGUCAAAUGUGAUGCUGUACCUGGUCGUUUAAAUCAGAUCUCUAUUUCGGUACAACGAGAAGGGGUUUACUAUGGUCAGUGCAGUGAGAUUUGUGGAACUAAUCAUGCCUUUACGCCUAUUGUCGUAGAAGCUGUUCCUAGUAAAGAUUAUGGUUCUUGGGUAUCCAAUCCAUUAAUCCCACAAAUCCCGAAGUGGGUUCGAAGCCUAGAGGACCUAGGCUUGGUUACGGUUUCAUAUGCUGAUGCGGUAGGAGGUGUGGACCGUCCUCCAACGCCGCCAGCUGUCGAACUACCAGGGGCAGCUAUACAAGCUCCCGAAGGUCCCCUAGAGCCACCAGCUCCCCCACAACCAGAAAUACCAGAAUUGGAACACCCUCUGCUCUCGGAUGAAGUACGAGGCGACAUACUGUAUUCCCGGUAUGGAAUCCUCAAUUUCGGGGGGGAUGAUGGGCUUAGACGUCUGAGCUCGAUCAUCUCUCAUCAAGUAAUGGUGGAGCGCUCCGUGGAGGCAGCAUUGGUGGAUGAUGGAUUUCGUCCCAAUUCGAUUUUAGCUAGAUAUACCGAAAUUAGGGGAGUUAUCCAUUCUCCGCAAGGGGAGCUUUUGACUGAACGCACCUAUAACUCAUACGUCACUCAGAUAAGGGAACGUGGCACCCGACAAAGCGUUCCCUAUCGGCGUGUGAUCCAGGCCGUACGCAGCUCUCAUCUUCUUUUAGAGAGAGCAGAUGGUCGGUUUCCCUAGUAGAAGUGGGAAUUGGGGGAAUUCCUGUCUUCCUUUUGUGAUCUCCCAUCUUUACCGGAACUAUCUAAAAUUGGGGGAUCACAAAAGGAAAGGAGCAAUUUAGCACCUUAACAACCGAUUUCACUUUUUCUAUAAGACGGAAAAUUUGGUUAUUCAUUUUGGCUUUUUCAAAACCUUUCUUUUUUCGGUAUGCCGCUCCGCGAGCAAGGAGUGCCACGCACGAGCGGAGCGAAAACAAAGCAAGGGGAAUUCGGAGAAAUCCU